CCGACCCUCUCACUCCCGAGACGAAAAGGCGAUCAUGGUCUCAGACACGCAUGCCACCAAAACCCUUCAACCGGUUGCGCCGAGCUCAUAGUCUACGGUCUUGUGUUCCCAUUGACUGAUGCGCUGGAGCGUCUUACGUGUCUCGUGCCGCUGGCCUUGUCCUCCCCGCUACUGCUGCCACCGUCUCAGCUGCGAACUGUCUGUAAGGUGGGGUUGAUCAUCUCGGGGAGGAUGGUGUUGUUGUUGUCGUUGUCGUCGUCGUCGUCGUCGCUGUUGUCCGUAUUCCCGUCUAUGUUCUAGACAGACCUCCAACCACCACCCCCUCCUUCCCCCCUCCCCCGGCUUGCAUUGACACUGGCUGGGAUCUUGUUUGUCAUCGGCUCUCCGGAACAAUGGAUCUUCACUCAGACAGGUUGUUCACCCACACGGAUGCUUUUGCCCCGUCAUCCCCGUCUGCUUCCUUCCCGCGUCGCCGAUGGUCGCAGCUCAGCCCUCUGCAUACCUCGCCUGUGGUCGAGACUGUGAGACCCUCGCAGUCCACGCAUCCCUAUCGCAACGGUGAACUAUCUCUGACUGAGUCUUCUCGAGCACAUCGUGCCACUGCUCUUCGUCAGUUAAAUGGUUAUGCGAGGCCGUUAUCAGGGAAAAGCCGGCCCGCAACCUCUCGGCCUUCCACCUUGGGGUCUCAACCCGUGCUAGUGAGAACAUAUUCCGGAGGCCCUAAUGAGACUUCUACUCGAGCCACGAUGCCUUCGCGGCGUUCAUUUCUUUUUUCUCCGAGCUCAAGUAGCCGCACCCGGGGGCCUGCGCUCCCCUCCGAGGGUGACUUUAGUAUCGAUGGCAUAUUACGCGCCAUUGAGCCCGACAUCCGCCACACCCUCGACGCCAUCGGUGAAAUCUGCGGACGAAGCAAAUUGAGCUUAGCCAACGAGUAUGGGAGCCAUAUAGCUCCCUUAGGCGAGAUUCGUGCUCCACCCGGUGGUCUAUUGACCGUCGAGGAAGCCAGCUCUGACCAUGAGCGACAGGCCGAUAACGUGGUCAUAUACGAUGACGAGAAUAGCGUCGCCGACGGACGUGAUGCCCACUCCGGUCCACCCCUUCGCUACUGGGACCAUGUCCGGCAGACGGCGACGGGUGAACAUUCACGAAUGAUAUCUUUACCUGGGUACAGCUCAUCGGUACAGGCGCAGCCUGCGACGCGCCGCUCGUCGGCAGCCUUACAGCCCGCUCAUGACGAAACUUGUACUGGUUCGCUGUCAACCAGCAGGGAAAUUACGUCCAAGUCGGGCGCUGGUGGCCGAGCUCUAUUAGGAACCAAUGUGGAGAACGAGUCCCGUAGCCGGGCUCACGACAUGAUUACGCCGGCCCUCGUGAGCGAGACGUUACUGGAAGCUCAGGCUGAGAACCGUCAUCUACACCCAAGCAUGUCUCCUCCACAGGCAUUUCGUCAUCGUCGGCCGCUCAGUACAGGCAACCUGGAUAGCCGUCUAGCGCAUGCUGGUGGAGAUCACCCCUCGGGGACAUCCAGACCGACCUCAUUGUUCGAUGUGCGGAGUCUCUUCGGCUGGCUCAGGUAUAUAAUGAGUGAUGAUGAGCUUAACCGUAGUCCGGCGACCGCAGAAAUGAGACUGCGGGCGAUGCUGGAGCGACAGAGUAAUGGUCACGACGAAUGACCUGCUUGUUUAUAUGCAUAUUCAUGAUUGAUGAUCUACUUAACUAUAUGAUUGUAACGCUGUUUUAUGUCUCCGAUGCUGCCUGCCUGUCCAAAUAUGACUAUGACAAAGGCACAAAUGAACA